AUGUUGUCUAACACAGACAAGCUCCCAGAAGAUGAAGAGCCCAAUAGAAGCUCCUGGACAGCCACUCUUGUUCUGACAGUUUGUUCUGCUGCGAUUGGAGGAACCUUCCAGUAUGGCUACAACAUCUCAAUCAUCAACGCUCCCACCAGCUACAUCCAGACCUUUAUCAAUGACACCUACAUGGAACGAUGGGGUGUUGGCUUGGACACCCCGCAGGUAAUCGGACUUACCGAGAUUCUUGGUGGUAAAAAUCUUUGGCCUUUUUUGCUGGCUAGUAAUGCCAUCCCUGCUGUUAUCCAAGUCCUAACCCUACCCUGGUUCCCUGAAAGCCCUAGGUACCUCCUCAUCGACAAGGGUGAUCGCCAAUCCUGCGAACGAGCGCUGUCGAGACUCCGCGGUGGUGACGUUCCCAUUGCAGAGAUGCAAGAGAUGAUGCAAGAGAAAGAGCAGCUCAGAUCCUCGGCUGUCAAAUCCAAUUCCACCGCAAAAACACCUUGGGCGCUUCUCAAAGACCCGCACCUUCAAACUCAACUCCGGACCGUCAUGGCGGCCAGCAGCGCCAUGAUGCUCUGUGGAAACGACUCCAUCUACUUUUACGCAUACUACAUCUUCCUGGCGGCCGGCAUAUCCCCGCAGCACAUCCAGUACGCCACCAUCGGCACUGGAGCUUCUGAAUUCUUAUCGUCCAUCCUCAGCAACUAUUUGAUCGAGCGAGCUGGCCGUCGCUACCUUCUGAUUGGAGGAUACAGCCUGAUGUCUUGUUGGGGCAUUGUUUUCACCAUAGCGUUGGUUCUUCAAGGUCAGGGUGUCGCGGGAAUGGCCUAUCUGAGCAUGGCUUGCGUUUUUGCGUACAUUUUAAGUUUUGGUUUAGGGCCAGCUGGAGUGACAGGCAUUUUACCGGCAGAGAUCUUUGACCAGGCUGCGCGGCCGGCCGCCUACAUGAUCGCAGGGUCGUUCAUGUGGGUUAGCUUAUUUUUAGUCGGAAUGGUAUUCCCGUUUAUCAUCAGCUACUUUGGGAACUUCUGCCUUUUGCCGUUCGUGAUUGUGUGCGUUGCGGCCGCCGCGUUUUUGGGUUGGACACUGACGGAAACAAAAGGGAAGACGCUGACGGAGAUAACGUUGGAGUUUGAUAAGAAGAAUGCAGUUGGAGGAGAAAACAGACCUGUCGGCAGUCCAAGCCUAAACCAGUACCAUCCGGGGAAGACGUGCUCUUUCACAUCCUUAACAGACGAAGAAGACCCAGUGGAGAAGAGUCGAAAAUAA